GCCCCCACCUGAAUUUUGGAAAAUCGAGGGGUCCUUGCUUCUCGAUCCUGGGCAUUGACGACACAGCUUGAAGACUGUGCUGGGCGAAAAUCUCCAUCCUCUCGGCCGUCACAUUGCGCUUCCAAGUAUUUUUUUGUACUCGAUAUCGCAACCCUCCCGAACAUGGAGAUACCAGCAAGCGAACCUGUUGCGCAAGCACAGAGCGACGUGCUGAACCCCACCCCCACCACGACCGAGACAGCGACAAGCGCUUCCGCAUCGUCCUUGCCGUCCCCGGCGACACCAGCAACGGCGCCUUCCAAGCCAAUCCAUUCCCUCGUCAUAGAUGCCAACGCUAUCAUCAAAAACGACCCAACUGUUUCGACGUUGCUCGCUCAAGCCGACGAGCUUUAUACCAUCCCCGCCGUGGUUUCAGAGAUUCGCGACGCGGCAACAAGAUCCCGAUUCGAGACGACCCUAUCUCCGUUCCUCAAACUCCGGACCCCUCGACCCGAGUCCGUCCAGUUCGUCACCACCUUUGCGCGGAAGACCGGUGACCUCCAGGUCCUCUCGAAACCCGAUCUUCACCUUCUUGCCCUGACAUACGAUUUGGAGGUUGAGCGAAACGGCGGUGAUUGGCGGUUAAGGCGGGAGCCGAACCAAAAAAGCGUGAAUGGGAAGCCCCCAGGAAAGGUCGAGGAUGGAGCCGAUGACACCAAGGCAACCGAAACGGGAGAGUCAACAGAUGCCGAAGCAUCGACCAUAACUUCAGAGACGACCAAGGUGCAGGAUGAUGCUACGCCUGAUGUUGCAGAAGAUGUUACUCCGUCCGACAAAGCGACAAGCGAAGUGGUUAUCGACCAACUACAAAGGCUUAAUGUGAAUGCAGCUGCGGCCGAGGACGACAUCCCUGAAGAUGCGGAGGAGUCAUCGGAAGAUGAUGACGGUGAUGGAGAAUGGAUAACGCCAAGCAACAUCAAAAAGUACCAGGCAAGGGAAAAUGCGCACACUGCACCCCAAACCGCACAACGCGUGCUGCAGGCAGCCUUGAUCACCGGCGAUAUGGCUAUGCGAAACGUUGCUCUGAGGAUAAACUUGAACCUGUUGGAUCCGGGCCUGUCCCGCAUAACAUACCUCAAAACCUGGGUCUUGCGAUGCCACGGGUGCUUCAAAAUAUGCAGGGACAUGUCCAAGCAGUUUUGUCCGUCAUGCGGACAGCCCACUUUGACGCGGGUUUCGUGUAGCACCGAUUCCGGCGGCAAUUUCACGCUCCACCUCAAGAAGAACUUCCAGUACAACAACCGGGGCAACGUAUUCAGUAUUCCCAAGCCGACCCAUGGGUCAGCGAGCGGAAAGAGCAAUGCCAAAGGAGGCGGUAAGAACGGAUGGGGUAAGGAGUUGAUCCUGGCCGAAGACCAGAAGGAGUACACCAAACGGUUGGACGAGGAGCGUCGGAUGAAGACCCGCGACUUCAUGGACCAGGACUAUCUACCUAGCAUCCUCGGUGGUACCAGAAACUCGGGAGGCGGGAGGAUCAAGGUUGGCGCAGGGCGCAAUGUCAACGCCAAGAAAAGGAAAUGAUGGUAGAGUAGAGGCCAAAGAUACCACAAGAAUAUUCAGAAUCGGCGCACC